AAUGGUCUAUCGAACAUGACUUCUUUUCACUCGUCACGUGACCGGAACCGGGUAUUCAAAGCAAAUGAAAACGUAAACACUGUUUUAGUGUUUGGAGACAAAAAGCUGAAAAGGAUUGCAACAACGGAGACUACAUCCCGUAAUAGACAAAUGGCUGCCUUGCUUGGCCUCAGAGGAACACAGAGAAAUAACUCUGGUAAACAGAAAACCGUGUUGCAAUCCGAGAGCAACAAGGAGAAUGUGCCAUUUGAGAAGCAGCCAACAAGAAAGGAGAACCAUGUGGAAGGGAUGGAUGUCAGCCCCCAGAGCAGGGGGGAGGUUCUGGGUAAAAAUCUGUCUCAGAGUGAUCAGGUAACCAAGGAGAGGGUAGUCCUUAGGGAUAAAAGCAAUGCCCUGCCCUACCUCAAAGGAGGUCAUCAGAAGGUCAAGGCCACAUCAGGUGAGAUCAAGGCCACAUCAGAUUCAUUAUGGGUUAAGAAAGGAGGGUUGCUGAGGAAAAGCAGGUCUCUCCAGAAGGCUGUGUUCAGUGUGAAUAAUCCGGAGCCACUGGCUGUGAUGGAUGAUGAUUUCCUUCCCAUGGACAUAGAUUUUGUGGACCCUCUACAGAAGAUACGGCAAGUCCAGGUAAAGAUCCCAGAGGAAAUCCAGGAGAUCACUAGCAGACUUGAUGGACCAUUCAACAGUCCAGAAUACUCGGAGGACAUCUACGAAUAUCUACAGUACUUGGAGAGAAGAUUUGUCUACCCCGAGAAUUUCCUUAGCAACAAUGGAGAAGUGACUCCACAAAUGAGAAGCAUCCUGACAGACUGGUUCAUACAAGUUCAGGUUCACCAAGAGCUCUCCCAGCAAACUUUGCACCUGACUGUUGAACUGGUGGACCGGUUCCUUACCUUUCAAAGAAUCCCCCUGAACACUUUCCAACUGGUCGGAAUCACCUGUCUGCUUAUUGCUGCCAAGUAUCACGAACGAUUUGCUCCCGAGGUGCAGACCCUGUGCUAUUUGACAGACAACACCUAUGACAAGAACCAGGUCCUCAAGAUGGAGAGACAGAUUCUGAGAACCAUUGGGUUUGACCUCAACAUUGUAGAUGUCACAGUCUUCAUGGACAAAAUUCUUUUGAUUGAGAGUGACCUUCCAAAAGAAAUGAGACAGAUGACCAAGUACCUGUUGGACCUGACCCUCACCUCCGAUGAUUUUGUGUGCACUGUUCCCUCCCUGAUGGCCUCUGCAGCAGUUUGUCUGGCCAGGAAAAUCCUGGUCUCUGACAAGUCCAGCUGGACUCUUGGACUGUCCUACUUCUCCCGCUAUGCCGAGAAAGACCUUAUUCCAUGCAUGAAAAAAAUGGUGGACCUUUUAAUCAAGGCCCCAGACUGCAAGUUCCAGGGAGCCCGAGUGAAAUACUCUGGUGAAUCGUACUGUAGAAUCAGUUACCACCCAAACUUGAAGACCCACCUAGAAGAUAUUGAUGAGGAACUUAUCAUAGGGAAGAAAAAAUAAGAGGUGUUAACACAGCAACUUGUGAUAAGUGUUUAUGAAAACCUCACAUGAUCUAUAAUCACUUUGAUGGAUAUAUUUAGGCUGUACAAGAGACUUAGAGAUGGCAAUUUGCUAACAAUUGCUGUGACAAAAUGGGUUCAUGAAAAUUCUGGAAAUGUGUUUUGGACAUUUAUAUGGGAAUUGAUAGACUUGAUUUUUUUUUUUUUUACCUUUUUGUUUGCUACUUAAUUUAUUAUUGUAGUUGGAAGCUACUUGUAUAAGCUUUUUUUUUUUGAAAAAUAAAGAGUCUUAAAAACAGCUUCCAAUAUAAAUGGCAUUCCUCUCAACAGAAAUAUUUUUUCCUUUGUUGUGAUAUCCAAUAAUUAUUUGAUCUUUAUUUAUAUUUCUGCAAAAGUUGAUUGAUACUUAUUCUUGUACAUAAACCAGGUUUUAUGAAAUGCUUUUUCAAAGUAAAACUACCUAUACUAUACUUAUGAUAUUUUGAUACAUACAGUGUACCAAUAUAUACAUUUUUUUUUUUUACAUUUACCAGGUAUGUUAAUUUAUAUGCUGAUAUUAUCUUGGUGAUAUUGACCAUAAGUCUCUUUCCUCGUCAUGUUAAAUAUGUUCAAAUAUAUUCUGUGUUCUUUGCUACACUUGAAUUUUCAUACAUGUUCUUUAAUUAUACAUUUGUUGAUAUGGUGCACUCAAAACUAUGCAUUUAUAUGCAUGGAUAUUGUAAUUACAUAAUUUGCUAUUUUAAAAAAAAUGAUGUUUAUAUAUCUGUUUAUUUACAUGUUAUACAAAGUUUUUUCUUAAAAAAUUAUGAUCCACUAAUCUAUGUGCAUAUCUAAUCUAUUAUGAAAUGUGAUUGAGUCUAAUAGUUGUUGUGUCCUUCCAUUUAUCCACAAGUUGAUACGAGUACUUCCCUCCCCCCCCCCCUUUUUUUGAAAGAGUGUUCAGUUAGAUUAUUAUUGAAAUUCCAAAAUUAUUCCUUCUAAUGCCUACAUAAUAUUGAUUUGUUAAUUGCUUAUUUAUACUUGCUAUACUGAGUAUUAAAUUAUAACUGUGGAAUCAUUUUUAUUCCUGGGGGUCAAUGUUCAUGAGUAGCCAACAUUUGCCUGGUUUUUGAAGACGUAAAUUUGUUGGUAGUGUAAUGGGAAUAAUUUAAAUAAAUGUGAAACAAAUGAUUGUAUAUAUGUUCAUGGGGAGUAAAAUUUGUGGGCUAGGCCCAAAAAUUGGUCCCCCAAUGAACAAUGAUGAUUCCACAUUAUUUUAAAAAUACAGUCGAAUUUCGUUUUCUGGAACCAGCUAGAUGGGACUGUUUAAAAACUUCAAGGUAUCAGUAUUUGAGAUAUCAAGGGUAAAAUACUUUUAAAAAUAAGGGGUUGGGACUUACAAAUCACUUUGACAUAUCCAUUGUAUUCAAGAUAUCAAAGUUGAACUGUAUUUGUACCAGGAAUAGUCAAAAUUUUGUCAGUCUGAGAUUCCAAUGGAGCUAGAUUUUGUAUCCUUACCGCAUGUCACUCUUUUUUCAAAUUAAUGCAAUGUAAGAGUUCUAUUAUAUAUUGUUUUGUGAUACAGAAUAUAUAAUACAUGUAGAUGCAUUUAUAGUAAGACUUUUCUAUGCAUUACUGGAUUUCUUGUGUGUGCUAUUAUCACUUACCUUUACAAUCCAAUUAAAUCAUGACUCCUUCUGGGUUUAAUUAAUAUGUUCUUGCCAAAUAUUACAUUUACCAGUGUUAUAAAUAUGUUAUCACAUUUUCCCUCUUUGUUGCUUUUUCUUUAUUCACAUGUUCAGAAAUAAAGCUGUAUGUGGUAAUUUGA